AUGAACCGCAAACCGAUGCCCUACGAGACGCCGGAUCCCAGUGGGCGAAGCUGGCUCACAGAACUCCCAGAUGAGAUUCUCCACGGCAUCUUCCUCCGGCUCGACCUCUGCGAUUUGACGCGCUGCUUCCGGUUAUGCAAGGAGCUCCACGACUUCUUAACCGACUCAGCGGCCAUCAACCUGCGCCACACAUUGCUCGCAAACUCUCUGCACUUGAACCCCUUCUCGAUCGUCGCCAACCCCAACGUUCCGCGACAGAUGCCCCUCACGUCAGCCAGGAUCCUCGCUCAUCUUCGGGAGACGCUCACCCGAUUCCGCAACGUGGCGCCCAAGAGCACGACCAAUGUACGCUUCCGCGAACCAUCGGGCAGCCUGUACGAGUAUCUUGAAGGCGUGUUGCUACGGACUACGAGGGUGCCGGGUGGGCCCGCCUCGGCCAAGUCCCGUUCCUUGCAUGUCUACGAUCUGCGUAUGAUUGACGAGUGGGAGGACACCGGGGACGUGAUGGACGACGACGACGACGACGAGGUGUUCGAGACAAACAGCGACAGCCCGAUGGAGGGUGACUUUAAGACGCAGCACACGUUCGACUUCAAGAUCCGCGAGAUCGCGACCGACCCCACACAGGACCUGUUGGUCGUCGUGUCAAUCACACCCAUUCGUGAGCCCGGGCAAGGGCAUUUCCAGGCGAUGAUGGAGUUCCACUUGUUCAGCCUUUCGACUUUUCAACCGCAUCCCAAGGCAGAGCGACACAUUAUCGAGUUCCCGCAGCGCCUGACAUUGGACGAGAUCAUGCUCGACUUCCAGAUCUGCGACAAUGCGCUCUACAUCAUGUCGAAGGGCACGGGAAUGUUUGGCGGGCCCAACAGCCCCAACGAUGUCCUUUACGGUUGGGAUUGGAUGACUGGGCGGCUGCACGUCAGCCUCGAAGCGCCCGAGCAGGUCUCGUUUGAGUCGUUUGUCCUCCUCACUCCGUCGUCGUUCUGCAUUCCCGCCACCGUCGCCCGACUCCCCGAUGCCACGCUCGCACCUGACGAGCUCACUCCUGAUGCCUUGCGCCAGCUAUUCUGGACCCACCAUCUGUACCUGUACGCGUUCCCGCCUCUGGAAGACCACCCCGAGAACGGACCUUGGACGGCACAGCAUGUUUCGACAAUCGACAUGCCGCCCAUCAAGAACAAGUUCCUACAGGGCGUUCCCCCGAUGGCCAUGACCAUCCGUACCGACCCUCCGCCGCGCACCUUUAAUUCACCGUACCCGCUGCACGCGCCGCCGCCGUAUCUGCCUGAUCCCGAGUCGGGCGUCGCAAUCAUCACCUUCACCCUCCAGCGGGGGUUCUUCCCGAUGUUCAAUCCCGAGCUUCCAGAUAACCCGAUGUUCACGCUCAUCGUACUCAAGUCCACACUCGCCAAGCUUCUUCCCGAGCCGACGUCGCCGCUUCUCAAGCAGACGUUCUCGCGGCCCGUUCCCGUCGUGCCCUUCAAGCGCCUGGCACCCGAGUGCCGCCUCCUCGGUCCGGAUCGCGUUCCGACCUCAUGGGUCUGCUACGUUUACCAGAACCGCUACGUCGCGCCGUACGUCCGCGUUGUCGGCACUUUGGAUAUGAGUGACAACGACGAUGAUGACGAGGACGUGGAACAGCAGAUAAUCGAGCUCUCCCUCCAGGUCUUCGACUUUGACCCGCGCCGCGUGCGCAAAGAGCGUCUCGAUCGCGCCCGGCGCCUCCCGCCAGGCAUGGAGGCACAGGACGAGCGUCUCGAGGGCGACGUUGACGGCAUCGAUCUGGUGCUCGCACCGACGCGCCUUGAGCCCGUACCUUGCUUAACGGAGGAGGUGAUUGUGACGGGCCAAAACUUGCCGUACAUCAUGGUCGAGCGGGAGACGGACAGCACUAACCCGCUUAUUGAUGGGCAGCGCAUCUUGAUGCUCAAGAGCCGUGGGCAGCGUACGAUCGACCCUGAAGACAGCGACGACGACGACGACGAUGACGACCUAGUCGAGGUCAUGGAGUUCUAG